UGCUGCGGCCAUUGCUGCUGCUCCAUUGCAUUGCUGUCGCUGCGGCGCUUCUUGCUGUUGCUGCUUUUGGCUUUGAUAAACGAAGUUUUGUUUUCCAAAAUAUAAAUAGAUGUGCGGCGGAGAAAUGCAGGUAGUGUUUUUGGAAGACCUCAGCGGAGGCAUACAAUCACUGCUGUUAAACAGUACCCGCCUUUAAACGCGACGCAAGGGGACAAGUGAUGAGAUCCCUAAAUUUACUGCUGCUAGGCGCCAGCUGCGCGCUUAUCCUAAGCUUCACAUACGCUCACCCGCCCGAGGGUGUGUGGAAGAAGAAACUCACAUGGAAGGAAGAUUGGGUGCAGGUCUGGAAGACAAUCAAGAAGGAAGCGUGGGAAACGAAAUGGAAGAAGAUACAGGUGCCCAUUUGGAAGGAGGUGCAAGUGCCCAUCUGGAAGGAAGUACAGGUGCCCGAUUGGAAGAUCGUCAAAAAGCCACACAUUGAAGAGCGCGAAGUGCCCGCGUGGAAAGAGGAAAAAGUACCCGAAUGGAAGAAGAUAACAAAGCCCAUUUGGAAAGAGAUACAAGUGCCGGUGUGGCGUGAGAUCCAAGUGCCGGUAUGGAAAGAAAUCCAAGUGCCAGUGUGGCGGGAAGUGAAAGUACCGGUGUGGAAGGAGAUUCAAGUGCCCAUCUGGAAGGAAAUCCAAGUGCCGGUGUGGCGUGAAGUGCAAGUGCCCGACUGGAAGCAGAUGUUCGUGCCCGAGUGGGUGAAGAUGGGCAUACCGGGCGAAAAGUAUUUGGGUAAAGAUCACGAAGGUUGGGAAUACACCAGUCACGAUCUGUGGCGCAAGAAACUCAUCUGGAAGCCGGUAUGGAAGAAAGNUUCUUUUCUAUUUAUUUUUCUAAUCUAUCAUAACAUUAUUUCUAAACGUGUACAAAUUAGUCAUGAAGCUCUACAUUUAGUUAUUGCUAUUUUUAUGUCCAUACAUCCAUAUGUAUUGUUUUAA